AUGAUGGCAAUGUCUCACCCUGGACAACUUGGAUGGCUGAUAUCAGUCUACUUGGAACAGGUUUAUUACUCAACACAUUCGUUUGUGGUGGACAAGCAUCAGGGAAAAAAGGCCUGCGCCCCUGCACAGUGGCCCCAGACGGCCCGAUUGCAGGAUACAGCAGCAUUCAAUCUCCCGCAAGGGAGCGAUUCAUCAGACGUGCUGGCUGUCACGCAAUGCUGGUCAUUGCUACAUGAUUCGCAUAAUCACACUGCAUUAACGGCUGUAGUCAUAGUAUAA